AUGUCAUUAAUUAGCACUCCAUUUAGUGAUUUAUCAAUAAGUCUUGGUACACCGUACAGAUUGGGACAUCCGGAAAAUAAGCAACAAUCACGUCGAAUGUAUCCAAAUUUUACAACUGUUUAUAUGAAAAAGAGUGAUAUGUUGAUUAUAUUUACGCAUUGCUAUUAUCUGAAAAUGCGCAAAGAUAAAAAGUUUUCGGAUAAAAUAUUUUACUCAAAACAAAAAUUAAGCAAUACGACAUUGCAUGUACGUAAAAAAGGACAAGAAUUUAUGAUUGAAUUGGUACGACAAACUGAUGCCGAUAUUAAAGGCGAAUUUCGAGUGCAAUUUCGCGCACAAUCAACAAAUAGUAAAAAAUACGCUGCAAUAUGCCACAGUACUGUAUAA